AUGUCGACUAGCGAAUCAACUUUUAAGAAUCAACCGAUUGUAUCUAUUUCGGUUUCAUCACAACCUACAGCACCAUCACCAUCAUUAUUAAUAUCAACUACAUCAUCACUAACGCCUAAUACAUCAUCAACAACAAUAUUUCUUGAUGAUAAACCAAUUGAAAAAUAUUAUAAAAAAAAUAAACAAAUUUUAUUUGAAUUUGAUCAAAUAGUCAAAGGUACUUUUGUUGUUUUUUUAAUUUUAAUAUUUAACUAA